AUGGAAAAGACGGCACGAAAAAAAACAAGCUUGAAAGAUGAAUUAGAACUUUACAACUUCUUAUCGACCGUAUACUAUUGGGACGUGUUAGUGUACAUCUUCAUCUGUUUAUGGGACAAAGAAAAGUACUUAUAUGACAACGCCAACAGUAAACUAGCUUUUCAGCUUAAAAGUGACAUGGAGAAGUUGUAUCAAUGUCGCGGAACACGAGUAGAUGACGUUAACCGGGCAGAGGGGUUACUCGAUAAAUUCAUGCGAUCACGGGCUAAGAAGGAGGAUUGCGAUCGUUUUAUUCGCAAAGCCCAUGCAAAUGUGGCAUAUAAAAAGAUUACCCUACCGAUACGCUUCGAGGAUACCAUCAGACAUAUGUCGUCCGAUCAUCGAAGCUCGCUCAUGCAAACCUGUAUGCAACUGCUUCGCAACCGCGCAUCCACAGCUAAACGAGCGUAUACAAACAAGGACGGUAAGAAUGUGAACCUUGAAGAUGCGAAUGCAGACGGCGAUAUAGAAGCGGAUAAUCUGGACUCUCUCAGAUACCAAGCAAGUUUAAGUAACUUAACCAAUUUUAGGUGGACGGAUGAUGACGAUAAUAAUGCUGUUCAUUUGACGGAAGAUAUCAACAGCUUUCGUUUAUUUCUGGAAGAUUUUACAAGAGUUAAGGGCCGAGAUAUUACAUUCCACGAACAAGAGGCCAGAAAACUCCUAGAAGAGUAUAAAUGCGGAGAGGGAGGAAGCUUGAAAUCAACUUUAUCCUCGGUAUUAGCGCGUCGCGUAGUGGAGUUAGUACAGGAUUCUAUAGAUAAAUAUUUCCGUCAAACCAAAUUUGACACGAAGAUUGAAGUUGAUGUGGCCGCGACUGAUAUCGGCACGAGUUCAUCCCAUAACGCUGCAGACACUCUGGACAAUUUUAAUUCUGAAAACCUAGAGGCAGAAAUAGUCGGAACUACGAAAAAACUUACGAAAUUGCUAAAUCGUUUUGUUGAUAUUCGUGAAGGCAAUGAUGUACUAAGUCAGGUUGUGUCUGCCCAAAUUCGCCAACGGGUCCACGCGAUUUUAGGAUUCCGUGGGUUUUCAAACGAGAACCAUGGAGUAAUCAAAUCCAUUACUGAAGAAGUCAUUGAACUAAUGAAUAAAUACCGAACGAUUACUGAUAAAACCAAGUUAGAACAGUCGGAAAAAGAUGCAGUACGUAUCGUGCGGGAUUUCAUCUGCAUAUUUAUAUUUCGACUACAAGCACAAGAACCGGUUCCGACGGUUGAGUUUAUUGAGGCGGGCGAGAAAUUCGAUAGAGGAGUAAUGGAAGGUUCCGCUGAUGAGAAAAAGUGUAGAAAUGCACGGGUGGAACUAUGUUGGUUCCCGGUAAUAUCGACCGACAUUGGUGAUAGCAAAAAGCGGAAGACGUACAGUAAAGCGAGAGUAUUACUAAAAUAUAGCGAGGAGGAAGACGACGAAGAGUAUUCUAACAGUGAAGAGUCAGAAUCAGCGGAAUCUGAGUCGGAAGAAUCGACUGAUACUGAUGCUGCUGUAGCUUUUGAUAAAAAUGAGGCUAAAACAGGAGCGGAAAUUGUUAGUGAUGUUAGUGAUGUUGACAAUACCGUUGGCGUUGAUGUUGUUAAUGUCGACAGUGAUUCCUCCAAGAAUGAAUCAGAUUCCGAAGCGCAAAACGCGAUGAUUAAUAAUAGUAUUGGUAACACCAACGAAUAG